UUCCUGCUGGAUCUGUACUCUCAGGUGAAGGACCGUGAAACUAAAACAGGUCUGAGUCUCCUUCCAUCAUUACAGUCAGUUUUCCAGUCAGAUACAGUCUGGAUCAUAAACCUGUCAGAGAGAAAAUCCUCCAUCCUCCUGGAAGUUCUGAAACUCCAAUCAGAGAAGAAACAAGUGAAGCUCAGAGGCUUCACACAUGAAGAGAGUGAAGUGAAGAGUUUCCUGCAGUGUCUGCCUUAUAUCUCACAGCUCAGCUGUGAUCAAGACUUCUUUCAGAGGGUUUGUUCCUCCGUGUUUGUGAGAUCCAGAGAGGAGAACCAUCAGCUGGUGUUUCUGCUGCAGCUGCUGAACUAUAACCUGCUUCUGACAGGAGAUUUACAGAGGAAAACCUGCAGCUCUGUGGGCAGGGUUCUCAAACUGUGUGGCUCUAAAGUGGACCUGGUUCUUACAGCCAACAGGAUGUCUGUCAGAGGAGCUGCUGAUCUCUUAAGAUAUACAACACACCUGCACAGCCUGAGACUUUCCAGCAGCAUGGUCUUGUUCCUGUCUCAGUGGGUCAGAAGAGGCAGGGUGGUCAGCUCUCUGCAUGUUGAAGAACUUUCUGUUGCGUUACACAAACAUCAACCAUCACAGAGAGUCUGGUUGAAGCUGGUCAGCAGUUUGGUGUCUCUGCAGAGGUUCUGGACCUUCAGACGGUUGGACCUGACUAAGUCCUGUCUUCCUGCUCAGAGUCUCAUCACACUGCUGCUGCAUGAUGCGCCUCUCACCGUGAACUGAACGACAGCAGUUUUCAGGAGCUUCUGGUCCUCCUCCAUGAGAUCCARGACCAGGACCUGGUGUUGUCCUUCUUGAGUAAAGCUGGUGGAGAUUUGUCCUCCUACUGUCUGAACUGGAAGCUGCUUCAUUUUCUGCUGCAGCAGCCGUCAGCUCAGAGCAUCACUGUGAGCCUGAGGAAGAAUCGCUUCCUACAGGACAGAGCUGCAGAUCUGCUGCCGUUCCUGGACAGAAUCAUAAUUAAAAGGUCCAGUCCUGUCUUUGUGAGGACUUGGAUCAGAGAGAUCUACAGGUUCCAGGCRGGUCACAUGAUACCCAGUUUACUGAGGUCACUGGAUCAUGUGAUCAACCUGAGCUGCAGAGAGCUGGACUCAGAGGACUGUGCUGCUCUGCUCUUCAUCCUCAGACACAGCCAUGAUGUUAAACUGAAGCUGCUGUGGACCUUCAUACCAGCAGAGACCACCCAGUCCAUAGUGUCUCUGCUGCACACAGUUUCUGAUCUCAGUGUGGACAGGAAGCAGCUGCUGAGGUUCAUCCACUGCUGCGCUGCCUCUGAACACCAGCAGGAGGCAGCAUCGGAGCUGCUGAGGACUCUGCAGCAGAGUGUGGACCUGUCUUGUUCCUCCUCUGUGGACCUACCAGAAGAGGGUCAGAUUGAGCCUCUGGUUCUGACUGCUGCUGACUGCAGGGCCAUCUCCUCUGUCCUCAGACACAGCAGUCAGGACACACAGCUCCACCUGAGAGACUGUGAGGUGGAGGACAGCAGCCUGGACCUGCUGUUUCCUGUCCUGGACAGGGUCCACCUCAGACUCAGCAAGACUGUCCUUGUCCAGCUGCUGUCUCUGCUUCCUGUCAACAGUGAGAGGGACWCUGUGAGACGGGCGGUGUCCCUCUGCAGGGCCCUGGGUGGAGAACUGGAUCUGAGUCACAGCACAAUGGAUCAGAGGCUCUGUGGAGCUCUGGUCCAGAUGCUGGACUCCUCUGAAGGUCUGACAGAGCUGGACCUCAGUCACUGUCAGCUAACAGACCAACUGCUGYUCCGACUCCGCCCACAUCUGCACAAAGUCCACAUCCUGGAUCUGAGUCACAAUCAGAUCUCUGAUGCUUCCACUGAUGUUUUGCUCCAGCUGCUCUCCAUCAACCCGUCCAUGGGCUCUGUGAGACUCUUCAGCAACAACUUCAGAGACAAAAAACCUUUAAAAAAAGACAAGAGGUUUGAAAUCUGGUGAAGGAGCCGUCAGUCAGGAGGUCAUGUGACCAACAGGAAGUCAGUGUUUUAUGGGCUCUGGCACAAAUCUUCAGAUUCUUUUAUUUAGGAGUUCACAUAUAUGAUGCAACCCWGAUGGUAGUUACAUCUAGAUUAAUCAUAUCUAGAUGAGCUUUAUUCGGGUGUUUAUGUAACAGUCAGACUAUAAAAAUUUCAUGACUGUUCAUUCAGGAGUCAGACUUAUUUGGUACUUUAACUGUACAAAAUGUUCUGAAAGCACAAACUUCUGAAUAAKUUUUAGUUUUUAUUGCUUCGAACAUUUUCUAAAAUGGUUCAGAGAUAAAAACCUCAGAGAAAAAUAUAGUAAAAUAUCAGGUUUCAUAAAAUACAUAUGAAACUCUUUUUAAACUAGUUUACAGCUGAAUUGACGGCUGCAGAAACAGACCAGGGGCCUCAUGUAUCAACGGUGCUAAUGCACAAAAACUUGCGUACACCAUUUUCCACGCAAAACUCCGGUCUCAGGAUUUAUCAAAACUGAAAUGAACGUGGAAAUGUGCGCAGCCCC